AUGUCAAUGUUCAGAUCUGCGGCAGAUAUUUCAUCAUCCGAUCCAGAUACCGACUCGGAUGAGGGUGAGUCUAGUGGCCAUAAAACCCCCAAUACCAAUGGCGAAGGUGCCGCCGAGAGCUGGAGCACGAAUAAGGGCAAGGCAACCGCGAACCUUUCAAGCAGCUUGGACUCAGGCAGCGAAAUAGACUCCUCAAUCUCGCGAGAUGAUUUGUCUUCCUUGUCACAGGAUGCCCUGGGCUCGAAUGUGCAGCGCCAUGCAAAUUUCAUGACUGCCGCGUUAUUGGAAUUCUAUUGCCAAAGUCGAGCGGCAGACAUCCUCAAUGCGCAGAAGGGCUCUACCAAACGGUUCACUCGGCACUGCCCAGAGGCACAAUAUCUUGGGAAGAAGCUGUACAAGUACAAAUCCCAAUUCCUCGCAUCACAUGGCGUUCUCGCAGAUGGCAUUGAGAAGGAAGAGUUGGAUGGAACAAGACAGACCUAUCGUGACAACCUGGAUUUGCUGGGACUCUCCGCUCUGGAGGACUUGAAUUUGAACGAAACCCAGCCACCAUCGCCGAUUGAAGGUAGCGAGGAGCUUGCUUUGGUGUCGAAGACUUUCUGGGCUCAGCAAGGACUCAGUGUGACAGAUGGCAAUGGCCGUUUCUGGGAAGCGCCCGGGGAGGAAGCACCCUUUCGCAAGGAUAUGCCUUCGACCAGCAAUUUCGAUGUCCUUGAAGGUAUUCCAAUCGGCGCACCCAACCUGCCUGCGCCAUCGAGACCGUUAUUUGGAAGCUCGCCCGUGAGUAUGCCUCUAUUCAAUGGACCGGCCAUGCCACCGUACAAAAAUAUGUCGCGCUACUCAGUCGAGUUCACCGAGCUCAAAAUUCUCGGCCGUGGAUCCUUUGGGGAGGUAUACCAUGUCACUAAUCAUAUUGAUGGGCAAGAUUAUGCUGUCAAGAAAAUCCCUCUCAGCCAGAGGCGCCUUGAUCAGCUGCAGUAUGGCGGCCAGAACCAAUUGGAAACCAUAAUGAAGGAAAUACGGACUCUUGCUCGACUUGAGCACACCAAUAUUGUUCGGUAUUACGGUGCAUGGGUCGAACAGGCGCAUGUCUCGGGUCGUGGCCCCUUCGAGCCACAAGCGCACACCAAAUAUGAAUCUCCACAUAUUGACAUAUCCAGUCAGGCUUCAAUCAAUGAGCCUAGCAUGGGCAUUGUCUUCGAGCAUUCUGAGAGCUCAGCAGUGGAGUCGCAUGCUAGUAGUUCUUUACCCGAUGAACAUGGCUUUUCAACCCGUAUCUCUCGCUGGGAUAGCCAUGCCACGUCGUCUUCUCGUCGUUCUAAGAAGAGCUCUGGAACAGGAGUUGACGAUGACGAAGACAUCGAAUCUAUUCCUCGAAAUUUCGAUAAUCCCUCGUAUGGUCAGACCUCCACAUAUGGAGAGACGGAUGACAUCUUCACCGAUGGAUUGAGCCAGGAUCAGUCGAAAUUUCAAGUUCAGCGGCAGCAUCGAUUCGGUCAACAAGCACCGGCUGUCAUUCUUCACAUCCAAAUGUCUCUUCACCCAAUCUCCCUCGGCUCCUACCUAAAUCCACAAUCAUCAGUCGAUAAAUCCAACACCAACACCAACAACGGCUCUCCCUCCCGCCGACAUUGUUUCCAUUUGAUGCCGUCGCUGAGAUUGAUGUUGGAUAUCAUUGCGGGUGUCGAGUACUUGCACUCCAAGGGAAUCGUUCACCGUGAUCUAAAGCCAGCGAAUAUCUUCCUGUGCGCACCAGAAAGCACUACUCUGGACAUCUGCGCUUCCUGCAAUGCUAAACCUUCCUCGCCGACCUCACCGACCCAUUUCUGUCGACCUCGUAUCGGCGACUUUGGUCUGGUUGCAGAUAUCUCGCAUUUCAAUGAGGCUUCCGUCGAGAGCGGCGCCAUGACACCCUAUCAUGAAGGUCCCAAGAUACAACGAGUGGUUGGGACCGAGUUUUACCGACCUCCUGCGAAUUCGUGCACCUCAGAUUCCUCAGGUUAUUUCGAUGAUUACCAGAUUGACGAGAAACUUGACGUGUAUGCUUUGGGUGUGAUCUUGUUUGAGCUUCUCUAUCGGUUGAAUACCAAGAUGGAGCGACAGAUGGUGUUGAACGAUCUGACACGACGAGCGACUACGUUCCCAAGUGACUUUGCGGUUAAGAUCGACCAUUUUGAGACGAAACUCGAGACAGGUCUUACCGUCGCUGAGACUAUCAUGAGUUGCAUCAGGGGCAUGUUGGAUUCCCAGUCCCGGCGGCGAUGGACUCUCCGAGAAGUCAAAGAGCACCUGCGCCCGGUGUACAAGAGUAUCAAACACCUACAAGUUUAG